AGUACAGAGAGAUGGAUGAAAGCCUGGCCAACCUCUCAGAAGACGAAUAUUAUUCAGAAGAAGAGAGAAAUGCUAAAGCAGAGAAGGAAAAGAAGCUUCCGCCCCCGCCCCCCCAAGCACCGCCUGAGGAAGAAAAUGAGAGUGAGCCGGAAGAACCGUCCGAUGUUGGAGGUGAAAUCUCUGAAGUGAUAGGAAAAGUAUCCAGUAGUGUGACUGUAAUUAAACUACUUCAUCGUUCUUCAAGAAUGACUGACCAGAUCAGUAGAAAGAAAGUACAGAACAUCAUGGAAAGGCUGCCAUGGCAAGCAGGAGGACUUCAAGACGACAGUUCUGGAGGGUAUGGAGACGGCCAAGCAUCAGGUGUGGAGGGCGCAGCUUUCCAGAGCCGACUUCCCCACGACCGGAUGACUUCUCAAGAGGCAGCCUGCUUUCCUGAUAUCAUCAGCGGGCCACAGCAGACCCAGAAGGUUUUCUUGUUCAUCAGAAACCGCACAUUGCAGUUGUGGUUGGAUAAUCCAAAGAUCCAGCUGACAUUUGAGGCCACUCUCCAACAAUUAGAAGCACCUUAUAACAGUGACACUGUGCUGGUCCACCGCGUUCACAGUUACUUGGAGCGCCACGGGCUCAUCAACUUCGGCAUCUAUAAGAGGAUAAAGCCCCUCCCGACUAAAAAGACAGGAAAAGUCAUUAUUAUAGGCUCUGGGGUCUCCGGCUUGGCAGCAGCUCGCCAACUACAAAGUUUUGGAAUGGAUGUUACACUUCUAGAAGCCCGGGAUCGUGUGGGAGGACGAGUUGCUACGUUUCGCAAAGGAAAUUAUGUAGCUGAUCUGGGAGCCAUGGUAGUAACAGGUCUAGGAGGGAAUCCCAUGGCUGUAGUCAGCAAACAAGUAAAUAUGGAACUGGCCAAGAUCAAACAAAAAUGCCCACUUUAUGAAGCCAACGGACAAGCUGACACUGUCAAGGUUCCUAAGGAGAAGGAUGAAAUGGUAGAGCAAGAGUUUAACCGAUUGCUAGAAGCUACGUCUUACCUUAGUCAUCAACUAGACUUCAAUGUCCUCAAUAAUAAGCCUGUGUCCCUUGGCCAAGCAUUGGAAGUUGUCAUUCAGUUGCAGGAGAAACAUGUCAAAGAUGAGCAGAUCGAACACUGGAAGAAGAUUGUGAAGACCCAGGAGGAAUUGAAAGAACUCCUUAAUAAGAUGGUCAAUUUGAAAGAGAAAAUUAAAGAACUCCAUCAGCAGUACAAAGAAGCAUCCGAAGUGAAGCCCCCCAGAGAUAUCACCGCCGAGUUCUUAGUGAAAAGCAAGCACAGGGACUUGACUGCUCUCUGCAAGGAAUAUGAUGAAUUGGCUGAAACACAAGGAAAGCUAGAAGAAAAACUGCAAGAAUUAGAAGCCAACCCCCCAAGUGACGUAUAUCUAUCCUCAAGAGACAGACAGAUACUUGAUUGGCAUUUUGCAAAUCUUGAAUUUGCGAACGCCACACCUCUCUCCACCCUCUCCCUGAAACACUGGGAUCAGGACGACGACUUCGAGUUCACUGGCAGCCACCUGACAGUGCGGAAUGGCUACUCCUGUGUGCCUGUGGCGUUAGCGGAAGGCCUGGACAUUAAGUUGAACACAGCAGUUCGGCAGGUUCGCUACACUGCUUCAGGCUGUGAAGUCAUCGCUGUGAACACCCGCUCCACGAGCCAGACCUUCAUUUAUAAGUGCGAUGCCGUGCUCUGCACCCUUCCCCUGGGGGUGCUGAAGCAGCAGCCUCCAGCUGUUCAGUUUGUGCCCCCCCUUCCUGAGUGGAAAACAUCUGCAGUCCAGAGGAUGGGAUUUGGCAACCUUAACAAGGUGGUCCUGUGCUUUGACCGAGUUUUCUGGGACCCAAGUGUCAACCUGUUUGGGCAUGUUGGCAGUACAACUGCCAGCCGGGGGGAGCUCUUCCUAUUCUGGAACCUCUAUAAAGCUCCAAUACUGCUGGCCUUGGUGGCAGGAGAGGCUGCUGGCAUCAUGGAAAACAUCAGCGAUGAUGUGAUUGUUGGCCGAUGCCUGGCCAUUCUCAAGGGGAUUUUUGGCAGCAGCGCAGUGCCCCAGCCCAAGGAGACAGUGGUGUCUCGCUGGCGUGCUGAUCCUUGGGCCCGAGGCUCCUAUUCUUAUGUUGCUGCAGGAUCAUCUGGAAAUGAUUAUGAUUUAAUGGCUCAGCCAAUCACUCCCGGCCCCUCAAUUCCAGGCGCCCCACAGCCAAUUCCACGACUCUUCUUCGCCGGAGAACAUACAAUCCGUAACUAUCCAGCCACAGUCCAUGGUGCUCUGCUGAGUGGGCUGCGAGAAGCAGGAAGGAUUGCGGACCAGUUUUUGGGAGCCAUGUACACCUUGCCUCGCCAGGCCACGCCCAGCGUCCCCGCACAGCAAUCCCCGAGCAUGUGAGGCUGCAGGGCUCUGCUAGCAAUGCUAGAGUCACUGAGAACCUGGCCAGGGUUCGUGGUCAGCACCGGCUUGCGCCAGCGGCCAGAAGAGGAGCCUCCUUUAAAUGACUUGGAGCAGAGAGAAUGCACCUCUUUGUCUGGGACUCCAUGCUUUGCGUAAGGAUGGAGGUGGCAAGCACUGUGGAAUAACAGCUUAGUCUUUUAGUGUAUUUUUUUUAAUAUUUUGGGAAUAAAACUUCAUAUAAAAUGCA